UCAUCAGCUCGGGAAGCCCAGCGUCCUCUGUGCGACGUCUCUCCAUCUUCCCACGGCCGGAGCUUGCUGUUAAUCAUCGCAUCCUUUAUUGGUUUCGAUCAGAAGAAAAAAGAGCUGGAUCCAGCAUUACAUUCUUGGGGAUAAGUGAGAGUGAUGGGCCCUAGUGAGUGUGGCUACAGAAUAGGCUGACUGAUCUCCUCUGGGCGCUGCACACGGGCCUCGCUGUCAUUUACUCAGUGGAACUACUUUAUACUGCAAUGUGCACCUCCGCCCAGGCCGCUUCCCUAGCCCUCCUGCAGCCAUAGACUCUCUGUCACUGCUGUAAGAUGGAGGAGGCAGCCUGAAGUUGCCAUUGAGGAAAGAGUAAGAAAGCCAUAGUGAGGCUUUGUGUUACUGAAGUAUUUCACCUUUAAACAAUAUGUGCAGCUUGGGGAGAAGCUAUAGUGUAUAGUCUGGGGCCCUCUCUCUGCAACUCACAUAUCUGCCUGAACAGCGCCCCCUGCUGCCCAGUUGCUUCACUAUCAUGUUGACAGAGGACAGGAAGGAAGCUUCUUCAGGGCUCCAUCACCGCUGACUGGAGGGCAAAAACAUUGCCAUAGUGGAGCCUCUUUUGUUUAAAAAUAGACUAUUGAGGAGCUUCACACAUUCCUUUCGGCUUACACAAGGGCAGCAUCUAACGGAAAUCGUUUUACUGUCAGGCUAAAGCGUUUUAGUGCCCUGACAGGAGAGUUUGCCCCAUAACCACGCCAUUAUUGUGCUAGCCUAGGUUCUUUGCUUCUACUGGUUCCAUUUGGAAGCCUUGAGGAACAGUGGAUACCUGGAGGUACCUCUUAAAAACCAACCAGGACAUUCACCUAUACAUUACCAGGGAGUUUGGCCUACAGGGUCCAGAACGGUUUAAGUAUUGAACAAUGGAAGCAAUCUGGCUGUACCAGUUUCGUCUCAUCGUCAUUGGAGACUCGACCGUGGGUAAAUCGUGCCUCAUCCGUAGAUUCACAGAAGGCCGCUUUGCCCAAGUCUCUGACCCAACCGUAGGAGUGGAUUUCUUCUCAAGGCUGGUCGAGAUCGAACCCGGCAAGCGGAUCAAGCUACAGAUCUGGGAUACAGCUGGUCAGGAGAGAUUCAGGUCUAUCACACGUGCCUACUACAGAAACUCUGUCGGAGGUCUCCUGCUGUUCGAUAUCACCAAUCGCCGCUCCUUCCAAAAUGUCCACGAGUGGUUAGAGGAAGCCAAGGCCCACGUGCAGCCUUACCAGAUAGUCUUUGUGUUAGUUGGUCACAAGUGUGACCUUGACACGCAACGUCAAGUGACGAGACAUGAGGCUGAGAAACUGGCAUCUGCUUACGGCAUGAGAUACAUUGAAACCUCAGCACGCGAUGCCAUCAAUGUAGAAAAAGCUUUCACGGAGCUGACUCGAGAUAUAUACGAGCUGGUUAGGAAGGGAGAGAUAAAUAUUCAAGAAGGCUGGGAAGGAGUAAAAAGCGGGUUUGUCCCAAAUGUAGUGCAUUCAUCAGAGGAGGUAACUAAAUCAGACAGGCGGUGCCUAUGCUAAUUAGUUCCAGUAAUAUCCUGACCGCUUUAUAAACUCUACUAACAUAACAUUCACAGUUCUAUGUGGUAGCAUAAAACCCCUAUGGAAGCCACAACAAAAAUUUAACAGAUUGGCUCUGGUAAAAUAAAAUACUGUUGUUUGCCAGCGCAGUGAAAAAAAAAACCACUUCCAAUAUUGGAAGUUCUUACAUCGUUGGCAAGGGCCAAGUGUGCAUGUCUGUGUUUUAGGGGUGGAAAAAAAAUAUUGCAAAAUAUAAGAUACAAAAGGGUUCGAAUACAUCCUUCUCCAUUUGGUCCUUUGGUGUAGUUUCAUGUUGGUAGAUACAUGCAGUUAAUUCCACAGUUUGACGGUUCUAAUAAAUAGAUAUAGAAGAAGCAACCCUUUUGUAUAACGUACUUUAACAUAACGAACAUUGCGUUCUAGCUUCUGUUUCUAAUAACUACCAUGAAACACACGAAUAAGAAGCUCUUACAUGGUAUGCACACUAUUGGAGGCUGCACUGCAGGCAUAGACAAACGGAACUCAAUCUAGAGGACGUUUCACCAAAAACCUGGUCCUUUGUACCAUGGAUUUAGAUUCAUAGAUUUAAGGCUUUUUCAUUUGUUUUGGGUUUUUUUUACAUACUACUGGUUGAAGGGAAACAGACGAGGCUCAGUUUCAUAUUUUGCACUGUUCUAGGGGAAAAUCAGUUAAAAAAAAAAAAAAAAUCAGCAAUAGAUUAUUGGAUUGAGCCAAGCGAUGGUACAAGAUAGGCAACGGGCAUUGGACUUCUCAGCCUUUAUUUUAUAUCCAACAUCCUUUCUCUGCAUAGUAUACCAUGUUGCCUUGGUAGCAGUUGUUGUUUAUUAAUGUUAAUUCCUGCAAUGUUAUAUAGCAGUUAAGAUAGGUAAGGGGUGGGGGGAGGCCCUAAUUCCCUUUUUAUAUAAAGGAAAAACAAGCCGACAGCAGCCGUGUUGGAUCAUUUUUGCUGUUAAAAUCGCCAGCCUUGUUUGGAAACUUGCAGUAAAACUACCUUUUGCCCUUACAAAUGCACCGUUAAAGGUUCCUUUAUUGAACACAUGAGUUUAUGAUCUACAACAAUUACAACGUUUCCCGGCCCUUUAUCAAACAAAAAAAAAAAAAAGGUGCCAACUUCUGUGCUGUUUAUAUACAGUAUGAAAAUUGGCAAUAUAACCUAGAGUCGCAGACCGUACCAAGCAGGAAUUGGUUCAGCCAUCCAUGAAUACAUCGUUCCACUAUUCCAGUAAUAUUGCACCUCAGCUCCGUGCUUUUGGCAGCUGUCGACAGUUCCCCCCAUCGAUCACUUAUUACAUCAGGUAGAAUAAAAUGUGAUGGACUUCUGCUCAUUGCUGAGAUCACAAUGAAACUUAAAUUUGUACUGCUUCUACAAAUGGAGUCUGUCCGGCAGGUUUCAGGUUGCUAUGGAGCGUUAAGGGGUAACGAAAAGUAAGGGAAUGUACUGUACACGGCAGAUUGCAUCUCUUUGCGAGGCUGGCAUUCGGGAAUGCCUAAUUUAUCUUUUUAACUUCUAUGUAUGUUCUAGUAAUACACAACUUUCACAGUAACAUUUAUGUUAUACAUUGGUCUGUAAGCAUUAAAAGUGAACAAACAAAUCAA